UUUCCUAUCUAUCUCCAAUUGAUUAAGCAAAUAUGAAGUUAAUCAAUUUGGUUUCCUUGUCAUUGUUGACUGGUGCAUUUGCCAAAAUACACGAUUCAGUGUCAUCCGUGUAUGAGCUUGGUGUCAGUCCAGCGGAAGAUACAUAUACCAUUGGUGGACACGAUGCAUUAGUAUAUUUCAGUGAUAGAUUUGGUAUUGCUGAACACAUGUCAUUAAGAAAGGGUAAUCCUCAAUUGGUUGACUUUUUGAAUCAACAAUAUGAAUUGCAUGGGGAAGUUAGUGCUAAACCUAACUUGUUUAUUUCAGUGAGAGGUGUUUCUGAAUUUGACCAAACUCCAUCAUUCAAAGUUUCGUCUGGCCAUAUCAACAAAUUGUUAUUCAGAAAGUUUCCAAAGAUCUUGAGUAAACACACUGAAGGUAAAUUAUAUCAAUUAACUCCAGAAAUCAAGGUGGUUACUCAAGAUGGUACUUCUGACUUGUUUACCCAUUUCCAAUACUUUAAUGAACAAUUGAUGCAAAUUUGGAACAGAUACACUCAAGGCCAACAGCAAGUGUUGACAUACAAGUUGACUAAUGAUAGAUUGUUUAUCAACGAAUUAUCACAAUUGAUUCACUUGGGCAAAUCCGAAGAAGUCGAAGUUAAAGACACAUUCUUUAUUGAAUUGUCUUCUUUGUUAUCAAUCAAGCGUAAGAUUGGUGAAGAUUCACAAACAUUCCAAUACUCCCAAAAGGUUUUGUUCAAUGAAUUACAGGCUUUAACUAACAAGUUUAACAUUGUAAUCUUUACUGAACCAGAAACUAGCAAAUACGUGCAAAAUAUUCACAAAAGAGACUAUGAAUUGAGUUCAGUGUUUUCCAAGCGAGAAUUAUCUGGUGUUUCUGGUAAUGGACAAUUUUCAUCCCAGGAAUCGUGUGAAAAAGCUACUGAUAAGUGUAAUUCUCACGGUAAGUGUAUUAAAGUCAGUGGUUCUAAGUGGGGGUGUGCUUGUGAAUCUACAUUUAACAAGACUAGUUCCAAGACUACAAACUGGGCUGGGUAUGAUUGUUCCAAGAGAGAUGUUUCUGUGCAAGCCAAUCUCUUUCUUUGGACCAGUAUUGGAUUGUUGGUAUUGUUAGUUGGGGGUAUUCAAUUGUUGUCUAGCAUUGGUAACGAUCCAUUACCAGGAGUAUUAGAAGCUGCUACUAUUCCAAGAAAGAACAUCUAAGUGUAUAUUUUUGUUUAAGAAAACUUUCAUAGAAAUAAAUUACCGUAUUUGGUAAGUGACUACUAAAUUAAACACGUAUUAGUCAGUUAGUCCAGUCAUUUUG